AUGGAUGCAGAAGAUGUCUAUGUUGGCGACAAUGCGCACACAGGGUGCUACAUCUUCAAACCAGCCCAAAUCGACCAAGAAGAAGGCAUAGACCAGCGACCCAAGAAAAGGAGAAAGGUCGAAAACCCGAGUACCAGAAGCCGCGAGAGGAUCGGAGAGGAAGGAGACCUGUGGCCCAGUCUCCUUGGAGGUCAAGAGCCCGCUGAGGCCAUCCGACGGCGACAGCAAGUGUUCGAAACAACAUGGACUCGACAUCAGGACAAAAUCGAUGCUGUGAUAAACAAAGUGGACGAGAGAUUCGUGGAUAACAUUCUGGACUAUGUGCGCGCCGAACAGCAGGAUAGGCCACAUGGCAGAAUCAAGACAGCACUACUCGUUUCUACCCCAGGCAGGGACGCCCAAAAAGACCUCGUUCAAGUCUGGGAGCAGCGACAUUCGGCGCACUCAGAAGAGAUACUCAUCCAAAUCCAACCUAGCCAGGCUCCCAACAUCCAAAUUGCAUUGAAGAAUGUUGUCAGACUGGCACUGUCCCAGAAAACAGGACCGGAGGAGUACACGAAUUUCCUUGCUGCCAAUAAAGCCAUGAUCCCAAUGAAUUUCGACCUGGAAUUGCUCCAACGCUAUGCCGACAAAAAGGGUAUAUCGAGAGUGCUGGUGUCUCUCCCUGACGUGGAGGCGUUCGAUACCGGUAUCCUCUGCGAGUUGAUCUCGAUAAUCAGCUCUUGGUCCGACCGAAUACCCUUCGUACUGUUGACUGGGAUAUCUACGACAAUAGCACUAUUGGAGUCGAGACUUCCCAGGUCGAUCAUCGGUCUUCUCGAUGCUCGAGUUUUCGAACCAUUCCAAGCUGGAGGGCAGCAUGACCCCCUCUUCGACGUUUACUCGGCUGUCCAAGGCCCUGAUGCCGAGCUUUUCCUGGGACCUUCUACAGUUACUGUGCUUGCAGAACUGGCGCAAGAUCAGGGCACUACGGUGGAGACUUUCUUGCGCGCCAUCAAAUAUGUUUUCAUGUCUCAUUUCUUUGCAAAUCCGCUAUCCUUCCUGGCUAUCCCAGGCGCAGGACUCAAUCUCCCCCGGGAUCCGUUCACAGCUCAGGCGAUUCGUAACACCGUUGGUUUCCGAUCACAUUGCGAAUCCCUGGCAAAGGGCACCAAAACACAGUGGCAACAUUCUCGCAAUCUACUUACCUCCGAUGCAGCGCUCGAGAAAGAGGUCCUUGAAGCUGUCCGCUCUGGCCAGGAGCGCAUACGGUCCAGCUUAGCGGCGAUCUGGACCUUACAACAGAUUUACCAACAGCUUCUUGGUCCCGCGGCCAUCGCGCCUCUAGAAGCUCAGACUCAACUUCUGGCCUCUUUGCCCGACAUAACCCACUCUGAGAUCUUCGUAGCUACAGAAACAGUCCUUAAGGAGAUGAUCACUGUCGACGACUUUCACGUCUUCCUUAGCGGCAUAUCAGAAGAGCUUCAGGACCUCAAGUCUUUCAUGCCGUCCGCUAAGGGCGAUGGCUCUGAUCAAGAAGUCCUCACCCUCGCCGCCAUACAAGAGGCACUCGAUUCUGACCACACCAGGCCUAGCAUCUCCCUGAUCACCGAAUCCUUCCUAGACCUCCUAACCGGAUACUUAGCCUCAAAAACCACCCAUUCCUCAACAAGCUCAUCUCUUUCGCCAUGGGCAAGUCUCAUGUCCGAGUCCUACACAUUCAACCUCCAAUCCCCACUCUCCGCGAUCGUUCAUCCGCGAGCUCGCUACGCUCUUGAACGGGCCCUGACCCGGCCUUCAGACUAUCUAGGUUGCGACUGCUGCGUGCCAGAAGACGGCGUCAUGCUCGACAAGUCGACUCUUCCCCCGACCAGCCUUCUGCUUAGUAUGCUCAACGAGGCUGGGUCAGUUAUCAAUGUCAGAGAUCUCUGGGAUGCGUUCCGUGACAUGAUCGCUCCGGCGCUUGAAAGCGAGAUGGGAGGUGCAGGUAGGAACGACGAAAAGGACGGAGAGGGAGGCGAGGGUGAAGGCAUCGACGAAACCAACGAGCGAACACUUCUGGCUUUGUUCUACCGCUGCCUCGCCGAAUUGCGGCAUCUGGGUCUUAUCAGGCAGAGCAAGAGAAAACCAGGGGUGGAUUGUAUUGCGAAAACGGCAUGGAUGGGUCUUUGA